GAUGGCAGCCUCCGCCACAUGCUGAAAUAAAUAGAGAAACAUGACAUGUUGGUAUACAUUGCAACCAGGGGGAAGCUGAAAAAUCCCCGGAUUGGGCAGUAAACAAGAAGCAUGAGAGAGUCGGAGAGAGACAGAUGACACAGUGAGCUGUACGUGGGUCCAGCAGACAGGGACACGACGCUGAUUCAGGGCGUUCAUGUUCGGAUACAAACUGUGAGACAUCAUCCAGCGCUUGCUGUGAACAAAAAAGUGAGGGCCUGAAUCUACAGACCCAGACACGGCCCACUGGAGGCCUUUGGAAGAAGCUUUGACUUGGAGGAUAAAAUCGCUGCAGUGACGGAGGUGAUGGGUAAUAAGAAUGCUCUCCCGCCAAAAGGUCCGGACACUGGGACAACGCUAAAAGAGGAAGUGGUGAGCCUCAACAGUGCCACAGGAAGUCUCUCCAGAGAUGAACUGCCGGGCCUCAGCCCAGAGCUGCUGGCCUCCCUGCAGUCCCUCAGAGAAAACAGCGACUACACACUGCUGCCACACUCCUUGCACCAGAUUGCAGAGGCGUUUUCACUCAAAGAGGACUACCAGUGGGCCAUCCAGUUCCUGCAGCUGGAGAAAAUCUACCAUGAACGUCUGCUCUCCAACCUUGCCGCCCUGCAGGAGAACUGGGAGAGCCAGUGGAAAGAAAAGAAGAGCGACGAAAGCUGUUUGCCCGAGGAGACGGACGGCAUCAAUCAGAAACACAUCGAGACCCUGAGCCAGAUCUGCAGGACACAUCAUCGACCAUCCACCUGUGUAGAAGAGAACACGCUGAAUGCCACACUGAAAAACAUCGAAAGCAAGAAUGAGACUCUACAACCCUGCCAUGAUAAAGUGGACAAGCCGGAAAAAACACACCAGCAUGAAGAACAAGAGUUUAGCUUGAACUCAGAAACAGAGCUUUCUUCAAUACAGACAGGAAAUCAAGAAGAAGGGGAGGAGGAGGAGGAAAGAGAAGAAGAAGAAGAAGAAGAAGAAGAAGAAGAAGAAGAGACAUAUGAGGAAGGACAGGAAGUAGAAGAGGAAGAGGAGCCGUGUGAGGAGACGCCAGAGGAGGAGGUGAAGGUGGAGUGGCCAUCCGGAGUCCCCCAGGCUUCAGACAAGGACCUGGCCAAGCUGUCUCACACAGAGGGGAGUUCCUCUCCAGACGGUCUAGUGUCCAUCUUGAAGAGGAGGAGAGCAUCACUGGAUGGAUUACCUCCCGAAAGUGAAAUAGUUACUAAACAGAACUCCAAACGCAAAGUCCGCUUCAGUGAGCCAGAGGACGGCAUUGAGCAAGAUGAGGUAGGCGGAGAUUCCUGCCUGAUCCUGCUCCUAUUGUGUCUGGUCACCGUGGUGAUUAGCAUAGGUGGGACCGCCCUUUACUGCACACUAGUAGACACUUACUCCAACAUUUGCACCGACUUCACUCACAACGUGGACUUCUACAUCAUGAACAUGCGGAGGUUCUUUGAAGGGCUCGGACGCUGGCUGCCGCUCCGGACUUAGACUCCUUUAGACAAUUGCUGUUUCAGACAUGUGUACUAUGAAGUUCAAAAUACAAAGUUGGAGUUCCUGAACGCAAUUGUAAUCCUCAACGUGGAUCUACAGACAUUGAUCUGAUGCUGCCAUCCAGAGUGGCUCUCUUGCAGUGACUGGAGCUUGGGUCUCUUGGCUCUCUAAGACUUGUGAAUUUGAGCUAUCAGCCUAAGAUUUAUAUAUAACGAACGGGUGCUCAAAGCAACUAAACAGUUCACUGGCGUGCAUGUUGUUUGGGGGUUCAAAAACUCCUACUUACUGCUGUUUGUGUGGAACUGUCAUCCUAAACUGAACCUUACAGAUACAAGGGGGAUCACAAAAAUGUUUAUAUUCUAACAUAAGAACUUCUUUAUGUCUGUUCAAGCGUUCCCCUUUGCAUUUGUAGCUGAUGUAGCAUUGUCUUUUGUUCAAGAAGAUUUCUUGUUCUGGUUUUUAUGUUUUGACAUACACAGAGAACAGCCCAAUGUUUUCACCCUUUAGUGUAUAUCCCUAAUCCUGGUUUUAAUGUGGAUUUAUGAUUAUAUCUAGUGUCCUCCUGCACUUGGCAUAAAGGCUACAUAUUUAUCUUGUAAACCCAAUGUGGCGAGAAGAUACAUUGGAUUGUGUGUGAGACACCAGGUCACAGUCAGAAACAAGCAAACAUUUAUUUAAUUCAAGUUUAUAACUCUUAUUACUUUUUCAAAUGUUUAAAUCUUCUCAUAUAUCUGCAUUGGGAAUGGCGCUACAAAGAUUGAUCUAUUAUUUGUUGUCUAUUAAAUUAAUAGCCAACAAGUUUUAAUAGUCUAUUAAAAUGUUUGAGAAAUGUUCAAAAUGUCUUUGAUUCUGGCUUUUUAAAUAUGAAUUCUGUCUGGUUGCUUUACUUCUCUCUAUGACAGAAAACAGCAUAUGUUUUAUGUUAAUUGAGGACGUCAAUGUGGGAUUUGGGAAAAAGGUAUUAUUAUUUUAUUUUUUUUGUUUUCAUUUUCUAAUGUCUUCAGACAAAACAUCUCAUGGAUUAAUUGAGGAAAAAAAAUCUACAAAUGAAUUGCAAUUGAAUACAAUUAUUGGUUGCAGCCCUUAUUGGGAGGGAAAUAUCCUCCCAAUAAUGGUUAUGCUGUCUUUGUAUCAUUUUGUCUAAAAGCAGAGCUUUAUGGACCAAAGUUGUGUUUCCUCACAACAACAAAAAUAUGCCUGUUAAGACUACAUUUAAUUGAAAUGGAAAAAGAAAAUUUCACAGCAUGUUUCUGCCAUGUUGGCUAGUGAUGUGUCAACACAUUUCUAUCUCUUCUUCUCAACUCCCAAUUUGUUGUAUCUUUCUUUCCUAUUGUCCCAGUGGGUGUUGAAUUAUUCAGCCCACCUAUAUAUGUUUCAAUAUUUAUGCUCAGUUGUGUUCAACAAGGGAAUACAAAAAAUCACUAAUUAA